GUGUCCGCAAUAUCGUCGGCAGUUCCACGCGAGCGGCAGUGGACGUGUCACGGCGCGGUGUCUACUAUAGACUAGUCAAUAGUCAAUAGAUAGGCUUGUCCGCCGCACGAAGCAGAAGCACAUGGGAAGCGCACGCGGGAAUUCACGACUUGGCGCUGCUUGGUCUACUGUACAGUAGUUUCAUCAUUCAUGGGACAGGCUCACGCUGCGACAGACUUCAUCUCCCUCCUCUCUCCGUCUCCGUCUCCUUUCCCGUUCUGUGAGAAGAAGAAGUCUGUGAGAAACAAAAAAGGACAGCUUCACUUCCGACGCGGUUGCGGUGAACAAGGCCAAUUUCAUAUUGCUGCCGCGAGCCGAACACGAUGCCUGCACAUUCACGGCGGGUCAGUCUGCCCAUAGGCUACAGGUGGAUCGCGACAUGUUCCAAAAAAGGAAACCAGUCACUGGCGUGGGCUAAGUACAGUAACACGAAGGUGUGUGCAGACCUGCCAAGCUCGGCCAUUGGCUCGUUUCUGCUUCAGUGUUGCGUGCAGGCCUGUCUUUUUU